AAAAGCCUGAGCGGCGCUCGAGGCAUUCACUGCCGCGCCGGGACUGGAGGGCUGUAGACGGCGCUAGGUCCUGUAACUGCUGCAGUGGCCUGGAGAACCUGAAGAAAACAAAAGCCUCUUCCCUUGACAAAGCAGCAGUGACCCUCAGAAGUAUUCUGUACUUUUCCAGUCGACACAUCCUUCCGUUGUGACAGCGGAGAAGCGCGCACCACCGGGCUUGUGAGGAACAUGGAGGAACAUGAUGAAAAACCUCUCAAACUUUCCGUUAUUGAGGACCUACCCAUUGCUGAACCUGGAAGUCCGUGUAUCUACAAUAUUCCAUUGAAUCAGGUUAUGAGAGAUGACGAUGGGCGCAUUGGAAAAUUUGAGUAUGGUUAUAAAGUCAGGAAUGAUAUAAGCAAGGUCAUCAUGAUGGUGGGGGCAACAGGCUCUGGGAAGACAACACUCAUCAAUGGUCUGAUUAACUAUGUUUUUGGAGUUGAGUGGGAUGAUUCAUUCCGCUUCAAGAUGAUCGUGGAGAACAGGCUAGCCAAUCAGGCUGAGAGUCAGACGAAGGAUAUCACCUGCUACACUCUGCAUUACCAAAAGGGGUUCCAAAUACCCUACACUCUCACUAUCGUCGAUACUCCAGGUUUCGGUGACACAGAAGGUGUUGAGCGCGACAGGCAAAUAAUAGAACAGAUUCGAAAGUUUUUCUCCACCCCAGGAGACAAUGGGAUCAGUCACAUUGAUGCUGUUGGCUUUGUGGCUCAGUCAUCCCAGGCCAGACUUUCUCCAGUGCAAAGAUAUAUAUUUGACAAUAUCCUCGCAUUGUUUGGCAAAGACAUUCGGGAUAAUAUAUUCCUUCUUCUUACCUUUGCUGAUGCCCAGAAGCCCCAGGUUCUUAGCGCUGUGGCCGAAGCUGAGAUACCAUAUAAGAAAUUCUUCAAGUUUAAUAAUUCUGCAAUAUACUCCCAAAAAGAUGAGGAUGAUGACUCGUGCCAAAAUUUUACCUCCUAUUUCUGGACCAUGGGUUGCAAAAGUUUCAAAAUGUUCCUUGAACAACUUCUCUGUGUUGAAAGCAAGAGCCUCGUUCUUACAAAGGACGUCCUCGAAGAGCGCAAGAGAAUUGAGGUUUUUGUUGAGGGGAUACAGCAGGAUAUUCAAGUUGGUCUAAGUAAACUGGAGACCCUUAACAGAGAAGCGAAAUUACUCAAAGAACAUGAAGAAGACGUAGACAGAAACAAAAACUUCACUUUUGAAGUUGAAGAAGAUGUGUUUGAAAUUGUGAACCUUAAUUGGGAAAGAUCAAUGACAAACUGCAAUGACUUGCAAGCGCACCUGCUGCAAGGAUUGCAUGGUUUCCUUAGUCCUGCGUUGUACAUGUGCCACGCUAUGGGCUGGAACGGAAACUGUAACGUUUGUCCUAGGAAAUGUAAGUUUACAGAGCACAAAUCAUGCAGCUUUAUGUUUGAUAUCAAAAGGAAGAAAAGCCAGAGGACGGUGGAUGACAUUCGUCUUCGUUACGAAAAAGCACAAGAGAAAAAACUCUCCGCUCAGAAUCUGGUUGACAGGAUAAGAUCAGAGUUUGAUUCGGUGCAGAAAAACAUACUGGUAAUGGCCGAGUCUGUGCGGAAGUCCCUCCAGAGGCUGAAGGAAAUAGCUCUUCGGCCUGACCCGCUGACAACUCUUGAAUACAUCGACAUGCUGAAAGAAAAUGAGAAAAGGCAGGCAAAACCUGGAUGGCUUGAGAGGAUUGGGCAGCUUGACCAGCUAAGACAAAGAGCUGAACAUAUUAAAGACAUAGCCAGCGGAAAUACUAAACUGCUGCAGGAACACGAACACUUAAAUGAGUAAAGAAGGAAAUCCCUCGAAGUAUCAGUGAAAAUGUAGAUAAAGAUACAUUCCAAGUUAUCUCGAAACGUCUUUCACCCCAAUGAAUAUGCCAUAUUAUAUUCUAAUCCAGAUAUUAUUGUGCGUGUUUUUUUUUAGCGCAGUUGUUUUACCAGAAUUAGAGACGUCGCAGUGAGGCUGGUAGAUACCUAUCAGCGCCAGCAUUUUUAAUUGUCUUCGAUUUCGUGGGGCAAAGGGGUGACUUAGCUAAAUUUGAAAUCGAUGUGCAGGAAAAGUACAGCAUGAAUUGCUGCACAAGUGUAUCUAAAAUUAAAAACAUAACCCUUAAUAUUAAUAUUCAUACUUACUGGUGUAUGAUGAGGCUUUGUUAAUUGAAUUAUAAGAUAAAACUAAAAAUAGGUAAUGAAUUUUUUUUUAAGUAAGUAUAAACAGUAAAAAUAAAAGGAUGUUGACUUCGGCUUGUGCAUUUUAUCUGGGAAUGUUGAAAAAUAUCAGAUAUCACUGACACGUCCUGUAUAUGAAAGUAAUCAGUGAAAUAAAAAAAGAACAGCACCGCUGGCGGACGUACGACGUACUUAUCUUGAUCAUGAUUCUUCAGUUAAAGAAAGCGCCGCGCGCCGUUAGGAAGUGUAAAGUGUAAACAAUAGCCUCUCAGUUCUGCCGAUACAAAGGCCUUUACUUUGCUUUACUAUAUCCAGAAUAGGGUAUAGCUCGUUCUUUCAAGAAUUUUCUUAAUUCCGCUGUAGUCCAUGAUUGUGGCGGUGAUGUAUCCAUUGUGCAGGGUAGUCGAGUGUCUGUGUUUUGGUUUGCUCGCUGCCCAAGUACCCGAGGAUAGUGAUCGUACCGCAAAAAUAAAGUCUCUGAUACAAAAAUUAUAUUUUCUUUACAUUAAAUGGAUUUGCCUGUUGUUUAGUACAUGAAAAUGCAAGUAUAUAUUUGUAUACUUCCAUUGACGUCAGUAGAAAAUUACAGAUUGCCUGCCUUGAUACACUUAUAGGCUCUUUUAAGAAUAUUAUCUGAAAUUAUGAAUAGAGGCUCAAACAAUGCCAUGUGUUGUCAGUUAUCACGAAAUUAAUUGAAUUAAAAUUCAGACGCAUUACUGUGCAACGAUACACCUUUGUAAGCUUGUAAAACCUUGCCCCAAAAAGUAUUUUAUUUUCCGGCGAGAAUUAAAAAUUCUGGCGCUAUCUGGUAUCAAAACGCUCACUGCGACGUCUCUAAUUAGGAGCCAUAAUAUUAAGCUUAUAAUUUUUUCGUAUGACAGUAAAUCCUUCACUACAGUGGGAGAAACAAGCCAAAACGUGUUAAUUCAGAAAUGAUAACUUGGCUGGUGAAAAUGCUUAUCAAAACACACAAUUUCAGUUUCCCUUAAAGCUUUGAGUAGAAGUGAAGAGGCGCUCAUUGUCCUGUCAGAUACGUACAUAGUAUAUGACAAUAUUAGAUGUAGUAAUUAUAGCCACAAUAUUUUCCUUGUGUUUAUGGAUUAAACCUUUAACAUAUA